CGCGCCUGCUCGGAGCCCCCGGGCCGGGCGCCGCCGCCGCCGCUUACCUGGCGGGCGGCAUGGCCAAGCCGCGCGGGGCGCCGUACGAGUACACGGAGGCGGAGGACAAGAGCAUCCGGCUCGGCUUGUUCCUCAUCGUGUCGGGCGUCGUGGCGCUGUUCGUGCUGGGCUUCUGCUGGCUGAGCCCGGCGCUGCGCGAGCUGCAGGGGCAGGCGGCGCGCUGCACGGUGCUGUCGGUGCAGCAGCCCGGCGAGCUCUUCGAGUGCACCUUCUCGUGCGGCGCCGCCUGCCGCGGCACCGCGCUCUACCCCUGUCUCCAGGUCUAUGUCAGCCACUCCGCCUCGGCCGCCCGCGCCCUGCUGCACCACGACGAGCACCAGCUGCUCGCCAACCCCAAGUGUUCAUUCAUUCCUCCCUGUGCAAGAGAAAAUCAGAAGAACUCUGAAAUUGUUGCACACUGGCAGGAGUACUGGAAAGAGGAAGUUGGUUCACAGCCAUUUACAUGCUAUUUUAACCAGCAUCUAAGCAGGAAUGUUGGACGCGAGUCACAGAACUGUUUCCUCCAUUCUGUUCUGCACUGCUGAGAUCCCAACUGUGUCUAGUUUGGGCACCACAGUUUAAGAAGAAUAUGGACAACCUUGAAAGAGUCCAGAGGAGAACAACAGACGUGAUCAGUGGCUUAGGAAACAUAAGAAAAAGGCUGAAAGAAUGUGGAUUAUUUUGCCUAGAAAAGAGAAAAGUGAAUGGAGAUGCAGUAAGUCUUCAGAUGUGAAAAGGCUAGUCAACAAAGAAGGAGGCGAUCAGUUGUUUUCUAUGGCCCCUGAGAAUGUCACAAUUUAAGCCUACUUUUCUUGAGUAAAGUUAAUAUGAAGAACUUCUGAUUGAGGGUGAUUAAACACUGGAAUCUAGAGGUGCUGUGGAAUCUCCACCAUUGGAAAUGUUUGAAUGCAAAUUAUACAAACAUCUGUCUGGGAUGGUUUAGAUAGAAGAUGAUCCAUUUUGAAUACGGGGUUGGACGAGAGAACCUCUCAAGGUCCUUUCCAUUCCUGUUUUUGUAUGAUUCUGUCAUUGCUCAUCAUGCACAGAUGUCUAGUGCAGACAAAGCAGGAAGGAUGGAGGUGUUGGUGAAAAAAGUGGUACUUUACACAGACCCUGCCAACACCAUGUGCCUGUUACCUGUUGUCCGUGUCCAGCAUUUAUAAUUCUCUCCAUAGCUUCCCUGUGCAGUGGGAUUGCAGAUAAGAACUACGAUGGAAGUUUUAAUUACAUUUUACUGUAAUGAUUUGACACAGAUAUCUUGGAGUACUGGAACAUUGUAUUACAUUUUCAUUUUACUGAUGUUAAAUCCUCCCCUGAUUUUACACAGUACUAUCUUUCACAGUCUGAUGUGAUUACUAGUUCUCCUAGAAAGCCUAAAAUCCCAAAUCAUUUUUAUCUGAAUGAAUGUUUGUCCGUAAGACACUGCAGGCAAAAUACCCGGGUGGCCUGCUAUGAAUUUUGAUGAUAUAUUUGCAAAUUAAAGUGAUGAAUGAAAUGGAAUGAUCCACUUAAUCAUUUUCUAACAGUGUUGAAAAUAAAAUGUCAUUAUUGUAAUCAUGUCAGAUGCCUUCCACUGAUGAUGAAUUAAUGCUGGUUUGUUUGGUGUGUAUAUUUUUUCCCUCUCCCCAUCCUCCCUGCCUUCUUUACAGACCAGAAGAUGUUCUGCUUAGGCGCACCCAUGAUGAGAUGGUCCUCUUGCACUGCUUCCUCUGGCCUUUGGUAACUUUCCUCGUAGGAGUCCUA